AUGGUUGGGAAAAGGCAAAUGUUACCCACUUUAUCCGAUGGGUCGUACUCUGCAGUAGCUGCUGAAGUUAAAUCCGCUAAUUAUUGGAACCGCAUCGUCGUAUCUAAGCCAAGUUCUGACGGUUCGCCCCGUAUGGUUGAUCGGAUUUCGGCGGCACCGGGAGGGACUGCCACGGGAGUUGGCGGGACAUUGAGAUCGACAACAGACUUUGUUUCCAAAGUUAGUCUGCUCCAUAAGGUCGUGAGCUUGGACUCGGGCUUUGAGCCCAGUCCGGGAUUUGCACCACUAUCCGAGUCUGACUUGGAUCCAGUGUUUUAUGGGUUUGCAGGACCAACAACGGAAAACUGUUAG